AUGAACACAGUGGAUUAUGAUUCACAACCGCCAUCCAUAUGUGAUGUAUGUCUAGGUGAUUCACCUAAUAUAAGAUUAACCAAAUUACCAAAUGGUGCCCAAUGCAAGAUAUGUACUAUGACAUUUACAUCUUAUCACUUCAAGCAACAAGAAAGAUCCUCCAAUUUAACGAAAACAUUAAUUUGUCUACGGUGUGCCACACAACGUAAUGUAUGCCAAUGUUGCAUGCUUGAUAUGACUUGGCAUAUUCCCGUACAAUUACGUGAUUCCAUCGUUUCGUUAGUGAAUCAAGACAAAAGUAUGAUUACCAAGGAAGCUAAAAAUGAUAUAAUGAAACGAUUUCUCGCUUUAAAGGAUGGGAAACUAGGUGGGGCACAAGUUACCAGUGACUCAAAGCAAACAGAUGAACUUAUGCAGAAAUUGAAGGAUAUACUACUUCAAAAUAAUUCGAAGGAAAAUAUACAUAAGAAAACGGAGGCUAUCUCUUCAGGGGAUUCAUCGAAUUCAACAAGAUUGGAUAAUUCUAAAUUGAAAGGAAUUGACAUAUCACACAUAAUAAGGAAAUUACCAUUAAGAGAAUCAUUUUUAGACACAACAGCAUCAGUAAAAUCGUUCUUUCUUUACAACAUCGAUCCAUCCAUUCCAGAAUGGAAAGUGUCGGAUCAAAUUUCAAAUAUUGUUGGCACUAAGGAUUGGAAAGAUCCAACCUCACUUUCAUUAAUUAUCAUUCAUAAAGCAAAAUGUGGCGGAGUUCGAUUUAAAAGCGAAGAACUAGGGUCAAAGUUUGUAAAGAAUAUGCUAGCAUCAGGUUCAUUUAUGAAAUCUAAUGACGGUAAAGUCCAAAGAGGUAUUCUUAAAAUUGACCAUUUCCAAAUUUUUGCAAUUCCCUGGAGGUCAGGCUUUUCAGGUAGUUCAUUUGGUGGUAAUGUGAAUGAAAACAUAAAACUAAGUUUGAGCAUGAAUAAACUCAUUCAAUUAGAAAAUGGAGCAUCUACUGAGUCUGAACUUCAAUCUGAACCUGCGAAGAAAAGUGUCAAAACUCCGCCAGGAGGAAGUAAAACAAUGGCAAAGAAAAAUAAAAUCACAAAACCCAAAAAAUCUUAA